AUGGAGGCGGGCGCGCCGGGGCGUGACGCGGCCGUGACGUCGCUGCAGCCGGGGAUCUUUUUAAUCCUCUGCGGCAGCAGCAGCCGCAGCCGGUCACCAGAGGAGGGGGGAGCACGGUCGGACCGGAAUGGACCGCACAGGCUCGGGCUACGACGUCGCGGCGCGUCCCCGCUGUUCCCGUCAGCUGCCGCGCAUCAGCGGGACGUGCAGGAUGAGCCUGCGCGGCUGACAAGCACGCGAACGCCCCCGUCGACCGAGGAGAAGGACUCGGACUCCGGGAAGCGAGCGAACCGAACCGACAGCGCGUUCACGCCGGAUUACAACCGGAGGAAAAAAGCCUCCGCCGAUUGCGCACCGGGUCGUGUUUGCGCUGCGCAGUCCGUCCGUGACCUUCAGCCGCGCGGCCGGAAAACACACCGUCAGCACACCGAGUGGCCCCCACCCCGGGGACGUGUCAGUCACCUGCCGCAGAGGCGGCCCGAGCUCCGCGGCUCUCCAGUGGAACCGGCCGAUGCUGCGUCGCAGUCUGUGAAUCCCACCGCGGCCCAGAUGGACUCCCCCAUCGCCCACCACAUCAACAACAGCAAUGGCAGCAGCGGUGGCACCGGCAACAUGUUGUCCGGAAGUCUCAGCGCCGCUUUCCCGAACCUCCCGGCCCAGGAGAUGCAGAGCGCCGGCUCGUCGCCCGGGUUCGGCACGCCGUGGUCCGUCCAGGCCAGCUCCUCGCCCCCACCCACACCCAGCUCCAUCAACCACCAUCCUAUCCACGGGAACAACGCCAUAAACCAGAUGCCCAACGCGGAUCCCGACAGCUUCUACCCGGGCAUCCCCUCCUCCAUCAACCCGGCCUUCUUCCAGAGUUUUUCGCCGGUGUCGGCUAAUCCGUGCGCCGGGAUUAACGUGCAGGGCUUCGGCGGUCCCUUCUCGCCCCAGAUGAACGUCCCCCAGCAGGCGCAGAGCCGCAGGUCCCCGGUCAGCCCCCAGAUGCAUCCUCAGCAGGGCGCCUUCCUGCAGCAGAGGAACAACUACAACCAACAUCAGCCCAUGGUGAAGCAGUCUCCCUGGGGCAGCCACCAGGGGAACGGCUGGGGCUCCGGGGGGACGUCCUGGGGCCGGGACCCCCACCGCCGGGGGGGCGGCAUGGGCCACCACGGCUCGCCCCUGAAGAAGCCCUUCUCCAGCAACGUCAUCGCUCCACCCAAGUUCCCACGCUCCGCCGGCUCGCUGGGGCCCAAGUCCUGGAUCGAGGAGAACGUGUUCCGCACCGACGGCAACAGCAACACCUUGUUGCCCCUGCAGGAGCGCACCAGGAUGUACGACAGCCUGAACAUGCACUCCCUGGAGAGCUCGCUGAUCGACAUCAUGCGAGCCGAGCAGGAUCCCAUGAAAGGCCGGGUGGGAGGAGCUAACCUCGGGGCCGACGGCCUCCUCAUGCUCAACGGCCGCUCCUCCCUCUUCCCUAUCGACGACAAUCUCCUGGACGAGGGCCACGGCCACCAGGGGGUCCCGGGGGUCCCGGGGGUCCACGGAUCCCCCAACUGCUACCCCCACCAGAACGGGGAACGCAUCGAGCGCUUCUCCCGCAAGGUGUUCGUGGGAGGCCUGCCCCCCGACAUCGACGAAGAUGAAAUAACCUCGAGCUUCCGCCGCUUCGGCCACCUGGUGGUGGACUGGCCCCACAAAGCGGAGAGCAAGUCCUACUUCCCCCCCAAAGGUUAUGCCUUCCUGCUGUUCCAGGAGGAGAGCUCGGUGCAGGCUCUGAUUGAAGCCUGCAUGGAGGAGGACGGGAAGCUCUACCUGUGCGUCUCCAGCCCCACCAUCAAAGACAAGCCUGUGCAAAUUCGACCGUGGAACCUGAGCGACAGCGACUUCGUGAUGGACGGAUCUCAGCCCCUCGACCCCCGCAAGACCAUCUUUGUGGGCGGCGUCCCUCGCCCCCUGAGAGCCAUUGAGCUCGCCAUGAUCAUGGACCGUCUCUACGGAGGAGUCUGCUACGCCGGCAUCGACACCGACCCGGAGCUCAAGUACCCCAAGGGGGCGGGCCGAGUGGCCUUCUCCAAUCAGCAGAGUUACAUCGCCGCCAUCAGCGCCCGAUUCGUCCAGCUGCAGCACGGAGACAUCGACAAGCGGGUGGAGGUGAAGCCCUACGUCCUGGACGAUCAGCUGUGCGAUGAGUGUCAGGGCGCGCGCUGUGGGGGUAAAUUCGCCCCGUUCUUCUGCGCCAACGUCACCUGCCUGCAGUACUACUGCGAGUUCUGCUGGGCCAACAUCCACAGCCGGGCCGGCCGGGAGUUCCACAAGCCGCUCGUCAAAGAGGGGGCGGACCGGCCACGCCAGAUCCACUUCCGCUGGAACUAGAGGCCGCAGUCACAGGGGAAGGGAGAGCCCGGCCUCCCCCGCUAAGCUAUCAGUAUAAUCCAGUACGUAACACUAUACAGUAUAUACUAUAUAUAUAAUUAGAUAUAUAUCUAUAUAUCUUUUGUAGCAGCCAAACACCACAAGCCUCAGUUUUUCACCAAAACUCCCCCUCACAUCUCAGGCUCUGACAACUCUACAACUCUUUUGUGGUACUUUCAUCUUUUCUAAGAGGUGGAGAUUUAAAAUUUAAAAAGAGAGAGACAGAGAGAGAGAGAGAGAGAUUGAUUUUGUUUUUUUAUUAU